AUGCGGUCUGACGGCUCUGCUUCGGACCACUCUUCCUCUCCGGCGCUGGCUUCCUCUGCACACCCUGCCUCGCUCGCAGGAUCGCAGCUGCCUCCAGGGGCCUCCUUCGCGUCGUCUCUCGCCUUUCCGUCCUUCGCCUCGCGGGGCCUCUCCCCCGCGCUGCUCGCCUCUGGCGCUCUGCAGCAGCACCACCAGGCGGCUGCGAGCGCCGCGAUCUCGCUUCCACUUCACCUCCUGCGCCUCCAGCAAAGCGCCUUGGCCAAGCAGCAGGCGCUCGCGGCUGCGCCCAGACAGCCUGGCGCACUGUCUGCGCUUCUGCAUGCAAACCGCGUGCCGCAAACAGUAUCGCAGCGAGAGGUGCAGGAGGCGCCUGGAGGCGGAGCGGCUCCCGAGAAAGUCCACUGGGUUCAGUGCGACCGAUGCGACAAGUGGCGGGUGGCUCCGUUUGAAAUCAACGCGUCGACUUGGGUGUGUGCCCAGAACACCUGGGACCCGCGCUUCGCCUCCUGCAGUGCGCCGGAGGAGACGAACGUCGAGGCGGAGUCUUCCUCAGACGACGGACCCCCUCAAGACGCAACUCAGGGCUUCCAAGCGGCUCUGAGGGGCGCAGGUGUCUCCGCCGGUGCUGCACCUGCGGGGCCUAGCCUGGGGCCUGGAAAGGUGAAAGGUGGCCAGGCAGUGCCGGCGAGCAAGUCAUGCGCAGCGCGCGGGAAGAAGGCGAAGGGGGCGCCGGCUGUAUGUGUAGCCGGAGCGAGCCCGCCGGCUGCGAAGAAGGGCCGCGGCCGCAAGGCCUCGCCGGGAGGAGACGGCGGUUCGCGACCCGCGAAGGAGUCUGUCGCACCGCAGGCCGGACCUUCAGUCGUGGACCUCAGCUCGGCGGCGUCCGCGCUGAUGGCAGCUGGACUCCCCUUCUCGGCGCUUCAGCACGCACAGACGCAGCAGCUGCUCCAGCACCCGCUCCUCGCUUCUGGGGCUCUUCAGGGGGCGAGCGGUGCCGGACUCCGCGAGGCCCGCGCCGGCUUGGCGCUGCAGCAGCUGCAGGGUCAGCGACUCCUCCAACAGAUUCACUCGUACGCGCAGGGCGGCGCGACGCCUGCGUUCGUUGGUGCCCCGAACAGCACGCAACUCGUCCUCGAACACUGGGUUCAGUGUGACUCGUGCAACAAGUGGCGCCGCGCCCCCGCAGAGAUCAAAAGCGACAAGUGGUUCUGCUGUAUGAACACCUGGGCUCCCCAGUUCGCCUCCUGCGACGCACCUGAGGAGCCCGACCCCGAAGCAGGUGCGGAGGCGGCGCAGGUCGCCAAGGAGACGCCUGGCGGGGGCGGCGCGAGACGCGACGACGGCGAGGCCAGCCGGGGGACUGCGCGGGGCGCCCAGAAGAGACAGCGGAGUGCCUCGGGUCUCGGUGCAGGGGCAGCGAAGACAAAGGCGAAAGCAAAGGCGAAGACAGAGAAGGCCGACGCUGGCGGGGUUCCUCAGGGCGCUCUCGAAGCCGACCAACUCGACACCCUCGAGAAACCAGAUGCCGUUUCUGAAAAAGAGCAUCCUGCCUCGGUCGAGGGUGCCAAGUCUCGCCUCCCCGGCGCCGCGCUCUCGCAGACGUCGUUCGCCGUCGCUUCCCGCGCCGCACUCCAGACUGGACAACGUGUUGUCUCUGGCCCUUUGGGCGACAUCCCCGACAUCUCGCGCUCUUCAGCAACUGUCACUUCUUCCCUUCCUUCUUUGCCUACGUCUCUUUCUUCUCUCUCCUCGCAGUCGUCGCUGCCUCCGGCGCCGGUCCCUGGGUCGGGGCGCAGUGGCAGCGCUGGGGGUUUCGCGGGGCGGACUGUGGAGGGGAAGCCACUGAAGUGGCACCAGUGUACGAGUUGCAGCAAAUGGCGGCGAGUGCCUGAAGAAGCGGUGUUCAAGAACGACCGAUUCUGCUGCUACAUGAACGUUUGGUCGGCUGCGCAUGCGUCGUGCGCCGCGCCGCAGGAGCCCUGGCAAGCGCCCGCGCCUGGAGACCCCUCUGGAGCCCCGGCGCCGCGUGAGGGUCUCUCGGAGACGUUCUCGACGCUCGCGCAUGCAGUUCAGAACUCGCACGAGGCUGGGCGUACCGAGUCUCCAGGACUGCCUGGGACCGACCCUGCGCUCCCCUUUCCGACCGGCCAUCUGAAUCCGCAACAGCGCUUGCAACUUCUCCUCCAACUCCAAAGUUCGGGAGCCAACUUAGGCGCCCUCAGCCUCGCGGGCCACCCAACCGCGGCCCGUGUCGGGGACAAGGGCGCAGACGCCGCGAAACCUGCAGCCGCGGACUCUCAAGUGGAUGAGACGGAGAAGAAGGCGGAAGAGAAGGAAGAGGAGGAGAAAGAUGAAGAGGAGCAAAAAGAAGAGGAGAAGGAGCAGAAGGAAGAGGAGGGGAAGGAGAACGAAUCAGAUAAUGACUCAAGCGAUGAAGAACAGGACGAUGAGCCGUCGCAGGGUGGAAGCGGGGCGGCGGGAGGGACGGGCGGCUCUGGGGGCGACGCGCCGUCGGGCGGUGAGGCUUCGGAGAAGCGAGAGGGGGGAGACGACAACAAAGGAGAAGACAGCGGGAAGACUGCGGGUGAGGAGCACGAAAACAACGAAUAUGUGGAGGAGCGAGUGGGCGUUGAGGAGACGGGAAGCGAGGCAACGAAUUCCUCGCACGAUCUGCGGCCAGAGCUUCAGGACAACUGCUCCAGUCCGACCUCUCAACGUCCUCUCCAGAUGGGGACGGGUCACCUGACUCCGAUCUCUCCCCUUCCUGCUCUGGCGUCUCCACUGUCUCCGCCUCUGCGUUCGCCGUCAGUGUCUGUUUCGCGGUUGUUCUCUCUGGGGGCCGCUCCGUCUGCACGCCUGCCUCGCAGCCCGCGCUCAUUGUCUCGACUCUUGUCUCUCGAGGACGAUGUAUGCGGAAGAAGAGCAGCCGACUUGUCUCCUGGCGACGAGGACGCCGCAGCGCCUUCGACACCCUCGACUGAGGCGUCUGCAGUUUCGAGUGGACAGGGUGUUCGCGUCGAGUGGACUCAAGGCAAAGUCGAUUUCGCUUCUGUAGAGGCGCUCGCAGAUGGGGAUUCGUCCCCAAAGGCACGACACCCUGCCUGGUCCGUGUUCGACGACAGGGAACUUGGCAGGGAAACUCGUGGAGCAGAGACACACAAAACAGCCGGCCUACCGUCCUCGCACUUUUCUUGGUUUCGGUCUUCUUCGGCGCUAGCCUCUUCGCCUACUCUGUCGCCGUCGCGGUCUCCGUCUCUCUCUCCUGCAGUCUCUCUGUCCCUGUCUUCUCCCUCUCUCUCCUCUCCCUCUCUCUCUUUACGUUCUCUUUCUUCGCGUUGUCUCCAAUCUGGCGCUUGUCUCUCUUCUCCGGUGCUUCCCGUUUCCUGUCGCCUGCCGCCCUUAACAGCUCUUCUUUCUCAGCAAGAGGAAAGAAGCGAGGGGAGGGUCGUCGAGUGCUUGUUUUCAGCGUAG